CCAUCAAACCUGAGGUCAUAAAAGGCCCAAGUUUAGGCCCAAAAUGUAACAUGUAAAUGUUUCUUUUCAAAUUAUUACUGAUCCCACUUCCAUUGUGCUAAGAAUCUUUUUGUUUUUCUUUUAUUUUAAUUGAGGAUAUGCAUAUUCUUCAAAACAAAGCUCAAGAUAAACUGUUGCAUCCUGGCUAGAGGCUGCUAGGUCUGGUUAUUUGUUACCAGGACGCAGCAGCAACUUUUUCUCUCCAGUGCUGUCUUUGAAAAAUACGUUGAAGUAUAUUGAAGUAUAGAUAUGAGCAAAGAGACUUUCAACAGAAAAAAGGGGGGCAGGUGAUAAUAUUGCUUGUGCUAAUAAGAGGUAGGAAAUACAUAUUAAAGCAUGAAUAACACUCUGAUAAUGUAUUUUAUGUUAAGGCAACUUUGAAGUGCGAAAGGAGUGAAUGGAAGUCAGAAGCACUUAAAAGCUGUAAAGCUAAUGGGAUUUAUAGCUAGUGUCGCAAAUGUUAUAUUCCUUAUGAGCCUUUGACAGUUUCUUUAUUUUCUGCUGGAUGUAACACAUUUUCUCCCUCUUGAGAGAGAUUUUGAAGUCAUUUUCAGUAGCCUUUAAUGUGCCACCCAGCUUUUGUCAAUGUAUCAAAGGAUUCUGGCUCCUGGAUCACAAAAACAUUACAGUAAGAUUCCACUUUUAUUUGGUCGCAAAUAUUUAUGUCUUUACAUGUCUAAAAAGAGAAAAUGUUGAUGUAUUUAACUUACCAACCAAAACUGCUCUCUGCUAAAAUUGUAACAGAGGGUUUGAGACGAUAAGUUUGAAGGCAGCACAGCUGUAAAAAUAAUGCUCAGACUUAUGAAAAAGGAAAAUAUACCGCUAAUAAUAUUAAAAUUAAAGUUUUUUUAAACCAACAUUAUAUAAGUCGUCCUCGUGUCCACCCCUCUGAUGUUAUGAGUCCUCCAGUUUGAAAACCACAAUCCUGUUGCAAUACAUUACCUUCUGGUUCACCUUGUUCAACCCACCUACCAAGCAGGAGAACAUCAUUCUUGUUGUUAAGCCAAUUGCUUUCACUCCUCAAACCUAAUUAACGGACAUUACCAAGCUAUUGAACUUUGGAGGUGAGGCCCAGUCUGGACAGUUUUUGCCUGAGCCUCACCAGUAGGGGUCACAAAGCAAAGUGAGGUGAACAAUUCUUAUAUGAUUUUCCUUUCUAUACCAGGGGAAGCGCAAAAGCUAAUACAGCACUUCCUGCGGUCUCCCAGCCCAGAUCGGCGACUAACCCUAGACUCCAACAGUACUGUUAUUAGCCGAGGAUCCCUAACUGUUAUGUUUGUAAUCAAAACCUCACAUGCAGAAAACAACACUCAUCACUUCCCUAACAUUAACAGAAUGUUUCAUAAAAACAUAGAACAUAAGAAAGUUUACAAACGAGAGAAGGCCAUUUGGCCCAUCUUGCUCUUUUGGUUCUUAGUAGCUGAUUGAUCCCAGAAUCUCAUCAAGCAGCUUCUUGAAGGAUCCCAGGGUGUCAGCUUCAGCAACAUUACUGGGGAGUUGGUUCCACAAUUCUCUGUGUAAAAAAGUGCCUCCUAUUUUCAUGAAUGAUGCAGUUUGCAGUGGAUUUGCUUCUGCACCCAGGGACCAUGAGACCCUGGCUGAUUUAGCAGCAUACCUGGAUUAUCAAAGCUUUGCUUAGGGAUGGAGAUCCUUGUGCUGCACUUCAAUACAUUAACUGGAAGAAACCAGCCAUUGAGAAACCAGAGGACCUCAAAUUAUAUAUAACUGUAUUUCUCCACAACAGGUAAAUUAAUUGCCAGAUUUUGCUUAACCCUGGGUUAAAGAACAGUGGUGUAUAAUGCUAGAAGCACAACUAAGAGUGUUAGAGCUUAGUAAAAUAUAUACAGUACGGUAGAACACAAGCAUGCAUGGGAAAUCCCGUGUAAGAACCUUUAGCACAGACAUGCUCUAUUACUCUACUUUGAUAUUCUGCUGCUGUUUUCUUUACUGUUACUUUAAUAGUUUUUUUUGUCAUAAUAAUAUCUUAUUUGUUUUUAAUUGGUAAUUUGUCAGGAUGUUAUCAAAAGAAAAUGUGUAUACUGUACAUAUAUAGUAAAAUGUAUAAUAUAGUGUUCCAAAAACACCUGGUGUCGACUCAAAACAACAACGUUCCCCUAAAAAGUAAGUGAUGUUGUUUCACGCAUUUGUGAAAAUAGCUCUACAAAGUUCAAGCCCUCAUAUUAUAAAAUGAUUUAUUUAUAAUUAGCUUACAAAGAACUGCAUUCCUUACCUUAUUGUACAUUCUUACAUUGGUUCACCUUGCUUUAGAUGUGUGACAGAAGCUUGGAAACUACUGAUACAAGAAUCAAGCGAAGAGUUGAGAGACGGCCUAGUCCAGCUCUUCCUUCAAAGCUGUGUUGAGUUGGGACUCUUAAAGGAGCUGCUGGCUUUCACCCUAACACUGGACCAGGUUUUUAUGGUUUUUAAGGUUUUUUUUUAAUCUUGUUUAAUGAUCACAUGUCCCUACAUUCUCUCUAAAUUAAUGGAAUAAAAAUAAAUACAAGUAAAGCCACCAUUUUAUAUUCACUGUUAAAAAUGCCUCAUAUAGAAAUGUUUUUAAAAAGUUUUACCUGGGGACUUGUCCAUUUUACUGCAAUUUUAACAGUGUAAUUAUACCUGAAUAAAAAACCCUUUUAAAUGUCCAUAUUUUAAGGAAACAAAGCAGCAAUAUGCAGUAGAAAUUACCAGAAUGAAGGAAAUGUGUACUGUCACUCCAGAAAUGCCUUCUCCAGAAAUCUGUAUUCAGAAGCUACUGUGCCCCAGAGGGCACAAACCAAGGCCUUUUUCCGCCUGUCUGUACAGUGCUAGUUCCAGUUCCAGUGAAGCACUUUCUCUUGAAGGAUUUCUUGCUUUGCUAACUGAAUCAGUGGUAGAUCUACAGCAGACACCCUCUUGUAGCAGGCAGACAAGGAAUGCAGUGUGGCCAGAUCUUGUGGAAAGGCAAGAGGAUGAAACCCAAAUGCAGUGCCUGUCUCUCUCUACCCAAGCACUGAGACAAAUCACUCCAAGUCCAACAGCGACAGACCUUAGCAGCAGGUUUAAUUCAGAAACAAGUGAACAGGAGGAAGCUACUGAUGAAACACACCCUACAGAGCGGCUGUCUGCCAGUGGCGUGGAGACCCCUCUCUGAGGCAUACAUACCUCUUGUAUGGUUGAUUUGCCAAAUGUUUGACCUCCGCUAGGUUGAAAGGACAGGAUAAGGGGCCCUACUGCAUAACACCUUCCAUUUCCAAAGAAAGCCCUGAAGUAAGCAAUGGAGUUUGCAGCUUGCAGGUUUCUUUGGAGAGCUCUGACUCAGUGCUGGACAGUGACUCCAUCUUCACGAGUGAGUGUAUACCUGAAAUUGAACCAGGUGAUGAUCUGGAGAGUGUGAAUGAAAUAGCAGAAGAUUACCAGAAGCUCUUGGGAUGCCCUGACCUGCUUUUAACCAUUGACUGCACUACAAGUUCAAGUGUCUUGAACAGCCUCGAUAAGGACACCCAACAAGAAAUGAUCUGGAGUGCUCUUGAGCAGACUUGAGAUGGACUCUGAGCAGACUUGCACAAUAGUCUGCAAUCAGCUGGCAACAGGAGGGGGAGCUACAGACUUGGCUAUGGAUAUGACUUAGAUGGGGAAAGGUGGUUGAACGUAAUGAACUUGCAUCCUCAGUUUUAUAGCAAUGAAGAUAACCAGAGAACAUUUCUUACCUGCGAUAGCCCAGUGGAUAAUGGCAUCUUUCUUUCCUCAGCAAAAGUGCAAAUGGAUUACAAGUCUGCACAUGGAGGGAAUACGAGAGUGAUUGGGGAAGGGUCAGAGGAUCCUAUGGACACUGUUGCAUUAGAGGAGAAAACUGAGAAUGUUUCGUUUUCCCAAGAUACGCUUUCAAGCUGCAGCUGCUCUUCACAGUCAUUUCUUGAGCUGGAGCCUCUGCAGAGAGCAAAAGAUUUCACAAGUCAAGAAGACAUCACAGAGGGGCACAGGAAGGAGAUCCCUGAAGUAGUUGACCAACCAGAAAUCCUCACUUACUGUGCGUUCACUGAAAACAUGCUGAGGUACUUUUCAGAUUGCCUGGAAAGGAAAAACCAGGAAGAUAAUAAAGAUGAAAACAUACCAGAAUUAAAAGAAAGAGAAGGUCUUCUUUCAUUAAGUGGUGAACAUUUCCAAAAGGAAAAGGAGCCUAAACAGAAAGGCUCAGCAUGGUACAAAACAACUUUUACAUCACAGAAUACUUCCCUCUGUAUUCCUCCACACAAAACUGCUCGACCAAAGAACCCACAACUUGCAAAAGGAAACCCUCCCCGAGUACCUCAACACAUUCCCUCCAAAGCAGUGAUGGGCAGUGAAGGUGGAAAGCCACAGAAAAAAGAACCAAUAUGCUUCAAGACAACGUCAGGCAGACUGGGCCCCUGGAAGUUGGGUAGUUGGUGGAAACAAGCAUUAGAAACUAGACGAGCAUCAACGGGUCUCCUUCCAGAUAUUGAAAUGGUUUCUAGUGCACCAUACGCCAAAAAGAUUCCCCAUGCUACAGGAAGACAGCACCCCCACCAUCAUGGAAUUUUCUCCCAGUCUGCUCCGAAACAAAGAGCCGAAAAGAGUGAAGGGAGGCAGAGCUCCCUUAGGAUCCCCAGUACACAGACCACAUCAACAUUAUUUGAAGGUAGAAACAGUUUAAAACUUCGGUCAGCACUGCAGCCCAACAUGCCAAAUGCAGACAGCAUUAAAGUUGCUGUUAGGGUACGUCCUUUUAACCAGAGGGAGAAAGUUCUGCAAUGCAAGUGCAUUGUCUCCAUGCUGGGCAGCAGUACUCAGGUCACAGACCCCAAAAACCUCAACAGCAGGAAGAGUUUUCAUUUUGACCAUUGCUAUUGGUCCCAUGAUGAGUAUACCGAGAAUGAACAAGGAGUCCACAUUUCUGAUGGUCAUCACAGCAGAUAUGCUGAUCAGGCUAAGGUCUUCAAUGACCUUGGCAGAACCAUUCUGGAGAAUGUGUGGAGAGGAUUCAAUGCCACCCUGUUUGCUUAUGGGCAGACUGGAUCUGGAAAAAGCUACACCAUGACAGGCUAUGGGCAAAACAAGGGCCUGGUGUCCAUGAUUUGUGAGGAGCUGUUCAGGGGGAUCAGAGAGAAGCAGAGCCCUGAGAGACAGUUUCACGUCUAUUUCAGCAUGUUUGAGAUUUAUAAUGAGCAGGUUCAAGACCUGUUAUCUAAAGUUCGAAAGCCUGGUGGUCUGCGGGUUCGAGAAGGCAGGAAAGGAUUUUACGUUGAAUGCCUCAAAGCAGUGUCUUGUGACAGCUAUGAGAAACUGGAGGCCCUGUUGCGGGAAGGCAUACGAAACAGAAGCACGGCUGCUACCAAUAUGAAUGCAACAAGCAGCAGGUCCCAUAUGGUGAUCAAUCUGCGCUUUAAACAGGUUUUAACCAAAGAGCAUUGCCUGAAACAGUCUGAGAUUGAUCUAGUGGAUUUGGCUGGCAGUGAGAAACAGAGGAGUUCAGGAAGCACAUCAGACAGAUUCAACGAAGCAAGAGCAAUCAACCUUAGCCUCACCACACUGGGAAAUGUGAUCAGUGCUUUGUCAGACAAGGCUGUGGGCAAAAAGAUCCAUCACAUCCCAUACAGGAACUCAACUCUCACCAGGCUACUCCGCACAGCGCUGGGGGGAAACAGCAAAACCGUGAUGAUUGCUACAGUAAGCCCUGCACAUAUCAAUUAUGAAGAGACUUUGUCAGCUUUACGUUAUGCAGAAAGAGCAAAGAGCAUUAUGAACAAAGCUGUAAUAAAUGUGAGUGCUACAGAGAGGCUUCUCAGAGAUCUUAAAGAAGAGAAUAGCAGGCUGCAGGCAAGAAUCACAGACAUUGAAACAGCAGGAGCAGUUGAAGAGAGAGAGACUCUAAGGAGGCUGAUUUUGGAGAAUGAAAUCCAGUUAAGAGAGAUACAGAAGUCCUGGCAGCAGAAACUGGAGGACGCAAAGAGGGAGUGGGAGCAGCAGUACAGCACCCUGGCAUUGGUAACAGUUACUGAAGAAGAGCUAAAGGCUACCCUCCCUUAUUUGGUCAAUGUCAGUGAAGAUCCCCAGCUGUCUGGAGUUCUGCGGAAAUUCAUUAAAACUGGCAUUACGUCUGUAGGAAGGAUAGCCAGCUCUGAGGAGGAUAUUGUGAUGAAAGGCCUAGGUAUUCUAGAUAAACACGCAGUGCUAAUGAACUGUGAUGAUAAAGUAACUAUGGAACCCCAGAAGGGUGCAAGGAUUCUGGUAAACGGAGUGCCGCUACUGACCAGGUCUCAGCUAAAGCAUCUAGACAGAAUUAUAUUUGGAUCCUGUGUGUUCUAUCUAUACGUGGGUUUUCCUCAAGAACGCAGCGAAAAAGAUAAAAUCCACAAGUAUGGAAAGGAUUUUUUCCUGUCAGAAAUUGCCUCAGACAGAGAAUUUGCUCAGCUACAUCUAGGCAUUUCUGACAAGCAGAAAGAAAACAUAGACCCAAACCUGACAAGAGUGUUCCAUGACUUCACCGCCCUGGUGCCUGUGGUCAUGCAAGCUAACCAAAUAAGCCAAGAACUUGGAAAAAAUAUUUCCUUUGAGCUGGAAAUAAAGCACCUGGCUUUUAUGGAUGCCAGUGGAGGAGAGCUAGAUAAGGAAGUGAUUGUGAGGGUGAGAAACACCAAUAAUCAGGUAUGGGUUUGGUCAAAGGAGAGGUUUGCUGAAUGCAUGCUUUUAAUGGAAGAUAUGUAUAAAAGAGACUCUCAAGAGAACUUACAGCAUGAUUUCUUCAAGGACCCAGUAGAGAACAUCCACCUGGGGAGUGCUCAAGUGUGGCUUGAAUCCUUGGCCUACUGUAUGAGGUAUGAAGAGCAAGUCGAUGCCAGCAAUUCUCAGGGUGAUGAAGAGGCGAUUGUCCAUGUUAAACUACUGCCCUGUAAUGCUGAUGGAGUCCCGCUGGGGGAGGAAGCCGCUGUUGUUGAUCUGGAGGAUCUCCUGGGUAGACGGAUGGACUUUCAGGUGCAGAUUAGUCAGUGUUUGGGAGUGAAAUGGAUUAAAGAACAAAACAGCAGGGGCAUUCAGAUCGGAUUUCAGAUAUAUGAGCUCCCUAUUGUGUUUUACACAAACAGCAGCUGGGGAAAUAUUAACCCGACAUUAGCCUACUCUGUGCACGUCACCAUCCAGCAUGUCACCAUGGACUUUCUAAACUACUUGAAAACUCAUGCCAUCAUACUGGAGCUCUUUGGACUCCAAGAGGGCUGUCCUGAAAUGGAGACUUCAUAUGCUGACAUCCAGCUUUCUAAUGAGGGGACUGUUUUGCUGGACAUGUGCUACCAGGACUCCCAGCAAUCAUGCACAUCAACGGAUUCUGGCAAUGACUUCUCAGAACUUCAUGAAAGACUCUUACACUUGGAAUUAGAAUGCGACAAGUUGAGAGAAGAAAACCGGGUCUUGAAGACUGAAAACUUUGAAAUGAGAGGGGAAAUGGAAGAGCGAGCUAGACAGGGUCCAAUUCCAGAUACUACCUCUAUCUCAGAGAAAUUAUCUAACGACAGACUGAGCGGACGAUCUGCCUUUCCAAAUUUUGAUGCCGAGUUCGCCAAAGCACUAAAGAGGUUUUAUUUUGGAAUGAACGGAGUAAAAGGAAAACUAAAUCAUCUGAAGGAGAUACGACCUUUGGAUGAAUAUAACAUUCGUUCCUUGCAGUAUUUUGUUGAUGAGAGAAUUGAGCUGAUUAAGGAGUUUGGGGGAGACCUUGAGGGUUGUGUUGGGAAAAUGAAAAGUGACGUGGAGAAGAUAAUCCAGAAAAAGAAAGAGAUUCACCUCGCACUUUCAGCAAAAUAGAUUUUACAUGCUAGAUUGGGCAAGCAAAUACUGUAGAUCAGAGAUCUACUGGAGAGCUACGGGGUCUGAUUUUUGUUUCAACAGAGCUUUCAAUUACUUAAUUAAACCAAUUAUUGAUUUACUUAGUUAAGAUUAACAUGUGUUCCAGAUCUUUAGCCACUGAUGAUGUAAAGACACCUAUAACGUGCCUCACAGCACACCAGGGCGUGCGGUAAGAACUGUCUUACCAGGCACCCUGUCGUGGGUUAUUUCUUACUAGAAUAAUGCAUGAAUUCUGUAAAAAGUACUAUAACGUAAUGUAAUAAGUAUAUUGAUCUGUAGCAGAAUUUGUAUAUAUUUAGCAUAACAUACUUUUUUAAUGCGAAGUGAUAUUAACUGUAAUAUGUAUAUGUAGAACUGCUGGUGUGAUAUUAAUAUAUCCAAUUUGAUUAAUAUAUCAAUGCAUUUUUUUCUGUGCUUGAACUCAUGGUAAUGGUGGUAGGGAUGAUGAUGAUUAUUAUGAUGAUGAUUAUUGUUAUUAUUAUCAUUGAUGAAGAAACAUAUGAGUUAGCAGAGUGCGUUAUUUUAUGAAGAAGACAUUAGCCGAAAUAUUUGUCAACUGUACUUAACUUUCUUUCUAGUUUUUAAUUGAGAAACAAUUCCCUUACAAGCUCUAAAAUUGAUGCUGGACUACAGCCAUGUAUUUCUAGGUCUUUUUUUUUUUUUUAAAUCUUUGUUCUGCUUUAAACAAAAUGGAAUACAACCACACAUGUCCAGAUCUCAUUCUUGAAUAGAUUGUAUUGCUUGUGUGACACUGGCCAAAAAAGGUGACCUGCUAUUGGGCUGUAACUUACUGAAUAGUUGAGAAUGCUUAAACUCUCUAAUUUUCUCAGCCAGUCAUGUAUAAAAAUACUAUAGAGCAAGUACAGCCAACAGAGUUAAAAACAAGUGACUUACUAUGAAGAUAUUUAAAAUGACAGAUUGGGUUAUGGAUUACUCUACAUUAACUUGAAGGAAGAACUAUAUACCAUAAAUUACUUUUUUCAUCCUUGUUAGUGAUUCACAUUCCAUAAUAAGCCUUUCAUGGCUGACUGAAUUCAUUGGGUUGACAAGGUAAGUAAAUCUGACAGAGCCAGUCAUGUUUUUGUAUCCAGCUUAUUCGUAUGAGCCGCUUUUCAUAGUAAUAUUAGAAAUAAUUCCAUGCAUCAUUUUCCCUUAAAAUGAUUCCCCUAAUAUUAGUAUACACUAUUAUGUAGUAGUUGCAAUCAGAGCAUGUUAAACAGUAUAUUAAUUUUUAAACCUGAUCAAAUAAGUGUAGCCCAUAAGAUUACAAUAUCCAGUAUCCAGCCCUCAAAUACCUGCACUUAGGACUACAUUUAAAAGCAUAGGGAUUUCUAAAUGGAAAGGGAUUCUAUUCAGCAAAGAAAUCACACUAAUAAGUGGUGGAGUUAAAGUGUUAUUGGUGCUAAUAAAGGUUACAUAGUAAAAAGAAGUUUUAUUAACACACAUUUUUCCUACAGUUUUUUUUAAACAUGUUUAAAAUGUGUCCUGCUUAGGUCUUUGUGUGUUUAGAAAAAUGUUUUUAUUAGUUUGAUACCACCAAUAAUUAAAUAUGUUUUGAGAAUAGGAGCUGUUCCACACUAAAUUGACACUUAUCUUAUUGGUCUGGAUAAUUAAAUAGUAUUGAUUUGAAGUUUCAAACUCAGAGCCACUCCAUUUGUAAACCUAUUUUCUAUGAAUAGGAUACACAUCUUAUCAACAUUUGUAGCUAUGUUUCAAUAUUACCUCAUCCUGCAAAAUCCAUCUCUAGUUUUGUUUUAAUUAAUAUAUUUCAUUUUAUUUGUAUACAUUUUUGUAUACUUUAUCUGUAGAUUACAGUUAUUGGAAAGGACUAGGCUUGAAAUAUAAUGAAGAGGCUGUGAUAUGAUACUAUAUUUUAUGAUUAAGUUUUUAUGAUUAAGUUAAGUUUAGAUGUAUAUGGUUGAUAAAGCAUUUAGAAACGCAAAACAUGCAAUAAGGUAAUUGGUCAUUUUUGUAUAUGAAAGUCAGAUAGGAAAACAGUUGCUGUUGACUGGAAAAAUGAAAACAUAAAUUAACCUGCAUUCAUCUACAAAUAGAAAAAGCGUGGCGCUGUCCAAGGUGCUGAAAUGGCACCACUGCUUGAAGUUUGUAUGCAACAUACGGCUGCAACAUAAAUGAUAAUUCAA